GCAGUCUGUCACUCAUCGAAGGGAGACUCUAAACAGUGAGCAAGGCAGCUGGAGAGCCUGGUAACCGGCGGGGCAGCCGGUAUUGUGAAAGCAGAUAUGGCUACAGAAUCUCCACGAAGGCCCAGCCGAUGUACUGGGGGAGUUGUGGUUCGUCCUCAAGCUGUAACGGAGCAGUCUUAUAUGGAGAGUGUUGUGACUUUCCUUCAGGAUGUUGUGCCACAGGCUUACAGUGGUACACCUCUGACAGAAGAAAAGGAGAAAAUAGUAUGGGUCAGAUUUGAAAAUGCAGAUUUAAAUGAUACAACAAGGAAUAUGGAAUUUCAUGAAAUACAUGGCACUGGAAAUGAACCGCCUUUGCUUGUAAUGAUUGGGUACAGUGACGGAAUGCAGAUCUGGAGUAUACCUAUGAGUGGGGAAGCCCAGGAACUCUUCUCUGUCCGACAUGGCCCAGUUCGAGCUGCUCGGAUCUUGCCAGCCCCACAGUUUGAUUCACAGAAGUGUGACAACUUUGCUGAGAAGAGGCCUCUGCUUGGUGUUUGUAAGAGCAUUGGAUCUUCUGGCACAAGUCCCCCAUAUUGUUGUGUGGAUUUGCAUUCCCUUCGUACUGGGGAGAUGGUGAAGUCCAUUCAGUUCAAGACUCCUAUCUAUGAUCUCCACUGCAACAAACAAAUCCUCGUUGUAGUCUUGCAAGAGAAAAUUGCUGCCUUUGAUAGCUGCACUUUCACAAAAAAGUUCUUUGUUACAAGCUGCUAUCCUUGUCCAGGGCCAAACAUGAAUCCCAUUGCUCUUGGAAGCCGCUGGCUUGCAUAUGCAGAAAACAAGCUGAUCCGGUGCCAUCAGUCCCGUGGUGGAGCCUGUGGAGACAACAUUCAGUCUUACACUGCCACAGUCAUUAGUGCUGCCAAAACCUUGAAAACUGGACUGACAAUGGUUGGGAAAGUGGUUACCCAGCUGACUGGUACACUGCCUUCGGGUGUAACUGAGGAGGAUGUUGCCAUCCACAGCAAUACUCGCCGAAGUCCUCUGGUCCCAGGAAUUAUCACAGUUAUCGACAUGGAGACAGUUGGAGAAGGGCAGGUGCUUGUAAGUGACGAUUCUGAUGGCAAUGGCAUUGUGGCCCAUUUCCCUGCCCAUGAAAAGCCUGUUUGCUGUAUGGCUUUUAACACAAGUGGUAUGCUUCUUGUCACAACAGACACCCUUGGUCAUGAUUUUCAUGUCUUCCAAAUCCUGACUCAUCCGUGGUCCUCAUCACAGAGCGCUGUCCAUCAUUUGUACACCCUUCAUAGGGGAGAGACUGAAGCCAAAGUGCAGGACAUCUGUUUUAGCCAUGAUUGUCGCUGGGUUGUUGUCAGUACACUUCGUGGGACCUCUCAUGUUUUUCCCAUCAACCCUUAUGGUGGCCAGCCCUGUGUCCGUACACACAUGUCACCCCGGGUUGUGAACCGCAUGAGCCGCUUCCAGAAGAGUGCUGGCUUGGAAGAGAUUGAGCAGGAGCUCACAUCUAAGCAAGGAGGCCGCUGUAGCCCUGUUCCAGGCCUGUCAAGCAGCCCAUCUGGCUCACCUCUUCAUGGAAAACUAAACAGUCAAGACUCCUACAACAAUUUCACCAACAACAACCCUGGCAACCCUAGACUUUCCCCACUGCCUAGUUUGAUGGUAGUGGGGCCUCUUGCACAAAUCAAGCAGCCAAUGACAUUGGGGACCAUCACCAAACGCACAGGGCCUUAUCUGUUUGGAGCGGGGUGUUUUUCCAUAAAAGCUCCAUGCAAAGUUAAACCGCCUCCCCAGAUUUCACCCAGCAAAUCAAUGGGAGGAGAAUUCUGUGUGGCUGCAAUCUUUGGAAUGUCCAGAUCCUGGUUUGCAAAUAAUCCUGGUCUGAAACGAGAAAAAGAUCAGUCCAAACAGUUUGUGGUUGAGUCUUUGUAUAUCGUCAGCUGUUACGGGACCCUGGUGGAGCAUGUGAUGGAACCUCGGCCACUCAGCACUGCCCCCAAGAUCAGUGAUGACACUCCCCUGGAAAUGGUGACAUCUCCCCGGGCCAGCUGGACUCUAGUGAGAACCCCUCAGUGGAAUGAGCUGCAGCCACCUUUUAAUGCCAACCAUCCCCUGCUCCUUGCGGCAGAUGCCGUGCAGCGCUCUCAGUUCCUGCUCGCUGGCUUAGUUCCUCCUGGAAGUCCUGGACCCAUUACUCGCCAUGAAUCCUACGACAGUUUAGCCUCAGACCACAGUGGACAAGAGGAUGAAGAAUGGCUUUCCCAGGUUGAAAUUGUGACCCACACUGGACCCCACAGACGUCUGUGGAUGGGUCCCCAGUUCCAAUUCAAAACCAUUCACCCUUCUGGCCAAACCACAGUUAUAUCAUCGAGUUCCUCUGUGCUGCAGUCUCAUGGCCCAAGUGACACUCCCCAGCCCCUUUUGGAUUUUGAUACGGAUGACCUGGACCUCAAUAGCCUCAGGAUCCAGCCAGUCCGCUCUGACCCAGUCAGCAUGCCAGGGUCGUCUCGUCCAGUCUCAGAUCGAAGGGGAGUUUCUACAGUGAUCGAUGCUGCCUCAGGUACCUUUGAUCGGAGUGUGACCCUACUGGAAGUAUGUGGAAGUUGGCCAGAAGGCUUUGGCCUCCGCCACAUGUCCUCCAUUGAACACACAGAAGAGGGCCUCCGGGAACGGCUGGCUGAUGCCAUGGCUGAAUCUCCAAGCCGGGAUGUCGUGGGAUCAGGAACAGACACAGUCCUUGACGUAGCAGUUAAAAACAUCACCCCCGAGAGACACAUGGCUGUGAAAUGUUUUGGGAAAAAAAAAGGAAAAAAAAAAACAAUCUCAUCAGCCCAGCGUUCGUGAACAACCCUCCAAUAACAAAGCAUUGUGCGUGCGUGAUGGAGGAAGACUAAACUGGGCACUGCCAUCCAGAGAGGAGCACCUGGAGUGGAUUCAACUUUCAUCCCUGGAACCUGAAACUGCCAGAUCCAGCUGUAAACUCACUGCCUUCCACAACCAUCACCACUCACUUAACUGCUUUCAUUCUACUGCAGAAGUCACUGAGGCUCUUGCAUCCUCACGCCCACCUAAUAAUGAGCUCCCCUUUUCAUCCAUCUCCUUACACUGGCCCUGUGCUCCAAUGCUGUAUAAUCAGUCCUGGAGUCAUGACAGUCCUACUCUUAGGAUCCUUGCACACUCCUCAGUUCCAGGCAGUUUCUUAAACAGUGAUACAGGGACCCCUGGGGGCCCCCGAAACACUUUCAGGGGAUCCUCAAAGUCAAAACUUUUCAUAAUAGCAUUAAAGGCUAUUAACCACAUAAACAAAAGCUCCUUGGGAGAUCCUCAAUAAUUUGAAGAAUAGAAAGUGGUCCUAAGACCAAAAAGUUUGAGAACUCCUCAUCCCAGGGAAGGAAAUAUAGACCCCUUGACUCUUUGGAUACUGGUGACAGACAGCACUGGCCUGCAGUGGUUCUCUGGGGUUGUGGCCCCACGGCUGUCUGCUUGGCGCCUGUGCAGGCUUUGUUUGACCAGUGGUGUCCAGCCGGGGAGUCAGGGCCCCUAACCAAAGGCAGCUGUGCAUGAGAAGGAUCCAAAGGCCUCAAACCAGACAGGAUAAGUACAGCAUCGGCGUGUGCUCAGCCACUCCUAGCUGAUUGAAAUUACUGCCUUGACUUCCUGAGCUCAUGGCACUGGGGAGGAAAGGAGGCUGCCUUGCAGUGGGGUUGCUUGCUGACAGGGUAUGCUAUGGGUCAGCUUCUUGCCAGUGUACUCCUACUCCAGGGUGACGUGAUGGCACAUGGUGGGUAGCCACAGCUAAGUGGGGAAAGAACCUUGUUGUACCAUAACAGAGCCUAGGGAAGGGGACCAGGAUCUGAGAGGGAACUUCCAUACCCUACUGGGAAUGUCUGAGUGCCCCACAUCUCAGCCUCUGUGUUCUGUCAGCAGCCGCCUGGAGAGGAGAACAGAGGAACCUUAGCAGCUCUGUGGUUAUCUAUUCACCUGUAUGUAACUUCCCCCUAUCUCCCUAUCACUUACUCUUAUUCUCCCUACAGUGGUAACAAGAGGUUGCCAGGAGGUUCCAAAGAUGAAUUGAGCAAAUGGUUGACAGGAGGUGGGAUGAGAGUGUGUGUGUGUGUGUGUGUGUGAGAGAGAGAGACAGACAAACAGACAGACGGGGAAAGGCAACCCCAUAGCAGGGCCACCCUCACUUGGGUGCUCCUCUGGGGCUAGGAAGGCCCAAUAGGCAAAGUGCCACAGACUGGGGUUGGCAUGGUAAUGGACCUAUGGACUUUGAACCUUGUUCUAAAAGUGGAUAUAUGUGCAUUAGGAGGGUGGGAAAGGAAGGAGGGAGCCGUGAUUCCUCCCUCCUUCAGACACCAUGGUCCCAUUACUAUACACAGGGCACAAGCUGAGCUGAUAACCAGGGCCCUUCCUCUCUGCUGGAGAGAUUGUUCAUGCAUUCCUCCAUAUUCUGCAGCCUGCAGGGAUGUAUCUCUAUAUGCACGUGCAUGGAUCUAACCUUGUUGUACAUUGGCAGGGUUAAAAAUACAUUUGGCCUAAUGUUGGUGCCCCACAGUGAAGCCAGACCUCUGUCUGGGACCCCAAGCUCCAGAUCAGCUUCUGGUGGCAUCCAGAGGCUUCUGAAGAGACAGUAGUGAGAUGCCUGGAUACUCCCUUGGGUGUCAGCGCAGACGGCUGAGCCAUCCCAGCAAAUCCCUGCCCUUCAGGGAGCAGCUCUCCCUCCCACCCCUCGGGCUGUAGUCGUGACCUGGACGUCUUCUCUUUCUU